CAAUUAUAUGGUAAUAUAGGUAAUAUUGACAUAAGUCGCAUAAUUUCGUCUUUGAGUCUACACACUACAUUCUUUAACAUAACUGCGUUCUUGAAAUUUUUUACUAGAUAAUAACCUAUACUUUACAUUAAAAUAUUAUUUUAUUAUUUUAAGAAAAUCCUAAUAAACAUGUGUUCAAUAAACUUGUAACAAUGGACAAUUUAUCAAAAUCGUUGGAUCAUUUUUUAAAAAACAAAUUUUUUCGAUUUGGAUUGCCAUUUAUGUUGUUGGUUGUUGGAGGUUCAUUUGGUUUAAGAGAAUUUUCACAGAUUAGAUAUGAUCAUCGAAAGGUUAAGUUCAUCAGUCCAGAAGAACUUAGGAAACAAGGCAUUGAAAUGAAACCUCGAGGCAGUGUUACAAUAGAAACUGAGUAUAAAAAGCUUAUGGAACAAGUUAAUCUUGAAGAUUAUGAGAAUAAAAGAAUACCAAGGCCGCCUGGAUAUGAAGACUGAAAUAAAUCUAUUUUAAAGAAAUAUUUUAGUAUGUUUUUAUUUUAACAAAUAAUAAAGAAAUAUGUUA